GGUCGGCCGCUGCCCCCGGCGCCGGCGAGCGCCGCCCCGCCCCGCCCCGCCGCGCGGAGGGGAGGGGGCGGAGGCCCGGGCCUUCCCCCGCCGCCGCCGCCCCUCACGGCGGCCUCGGGCCGCGCCCGGACGGGGCCCAGGUAACCAGCCGCGCUUGGCUCCAGCUCUGCGAGGCGGCGUGCCGGGGAGCAGCUCGCCCUUUGGGAUCCAUCUGUGUGCCUCAGGUUUUACCAAGAGACAGUACAUCUAACACUUAACUUGGAUCACCUCUUGUUCAUCAGCUUGAAAAUCAUAACAGCCCCCCAAACUGACGUUUGAUCUGAAAGAAAAAGCUGUGACAAAUGGACAAUAUGUCUAUUACUAACACACCAACAAGUAAUGAUGCCUGUCUGAGCAUUGUUCACAGCUUGAUGUGCCAUCGACAAGGUGGAGAGAGCGAGACUUUCGCCAAGCGCGCAAUCGAGAGUUUAGUUAAAAAGCUGAAGGAGAAAAAAGAUGAAUUGGAUUCUCUGAUUACAGCCAUAACCACAAACGGAGCUCACCCCAGCAAGUGUGUAACAAUACAGAGAACGCUGGAUGGGAGGCUGCAGGUGGCUGGCCGCAAGGGAUUCCCUCAUGUGAUUUACGCCCGGCUUUGGAGGUGGCCCGACCUUCACAAAAACGAACUCAAGCACGUCAAAUAUUGUCAGUACGCUUUCGACUUGAAGUGUGACAGUGUCUGUGUAAACCCUUACCAUUAUGAGCGCGUCGUGUCGCCCGGCAUCGAUCUCUCGGGACUGACGCUGCAGAGCUCAGCUCCCUCCAGCAUGCUGGUGAAGGACGAGUACGUGCACGACUACGAGGGGCAGCCGUCGCUGUCGUCGGCCGAGGGCCACUCGGUGCAGACCAUCCAGCACCCGCCCAGCAACAGGGCGUCCUCGGAGCCCUACAGCGCCCCGGCCAUGCUGGCCCCCGCCGAGGCCAGCACCACCAGCACCACCAACUUCCCCAACAUUCCCGUGGCCUCCACAAGUCAACCUCCCAGUAUAUUGACAGGUAGCCAUAGUGAUGGACUCUUACAGAUUGCUUCAGGGCCCCAGCCAGGAGCUCAGCAGAAUGGGUUCACAGCCCAGCCAGCCACUUACCACCACAACAGUACCACCAGCUGGACGGGGAGCCGGACGGCCGCCUACACGCCCAGCAUCCCGCACCACCAGAACGGCCACCUGCAGCACCACCCGCCCAUGCACCCCGGACACUACUGGCCAGUUCACAAUGAACUCGCAUUCCAGCCUCCUAUCUCAAAUCAUCCUGCUCCAGAGUACUGGUGUUCCAUCGCCUACUUCGAGAUGGACGUGCAGGUCGGGGAGACGUUCAAGGUCCCCUCCAGCUGCCCCAUUGUCACCGUGGAUGGGUACGUGGAUCCUUCCGGAGGGGACCGCUUCUGCCUGGGCCAGCUGUCCAACGUGCACCGGACAGAAGCCAUCGAGAGAGCGAGGUUGCACAUAGGCAAGGGCGUGCAGCUGGAGUGCAAGGGCGAGGGCGACGUGUGGGUGCGCUGCCUGAGCGACCACGCCGUCUUCGUGCAGAGCUACUACCUGGACAGGGAGGCAGGCCGUGCCCCGGGGGAUGCUGUGCACAAGAUCUACCCCAGUGCAUACAUCAAGGUGUUCGACCUGCGCCAGUGCCACCGCCAGAUGCAGCAGCAGGCGGCCACCGCCCAGGCCGCCGCCGCCGCCCAGGCCGCCGCCGUGGCCGGCAACAUCCCCGGGCCGGGCUCCGUGGGAGGCAUCGCCCCGGCCAUCAGUCUGUCGGCCGCGGCCGGGAUCGGCGUGGACGACCUGCGGCGCCUGUGCAUCCUGAGGAUGAGCUUCGUCAAGGGCUGGGGCCCGGACUACCCGCGGCAGAGCAUCAAGGAGACGCCGUGCUGGAUCGAGAUCCACCUGCACCGCGCGCUGCAGCUGCUGGACGAGGUGCUGCACACCAUGCCCAUCGCCGACCCGCAGCCCCUGGACUGAGCCCGCCCCGCGCCGCCGGGGGCUGCCUUGUAAAAUACGGUUCUGUUUAUAACCUGGAGAUAUAUUUUACUUUCCUUCUGCUUAAUCUUCUAAAAACAGGUUUUAAAAAUGUGUUUGCCGCCUUGCUCUUAGCAGAAAAGCAUCUGAACGCGCGGGAUUUGGAUUUCAGUUAUUUCCAGAACUCGGUAGUCAUAAAUACAGGGCCUGAAGUGGAAGGGAAAUGCUUUAUAGAGACUUCACAGUGUUGGGUUUGUUCCCUUUGAAACUCUCCUUCCCUAUGGUGGCAUCUUGGUGAUCAGCCUCACGGGAGCCUUUUGUAUGCAGAAUAUAUAUUAUAUAUAUAUUUAUAUCUGAAAAUUCCUUCUAGUAGUUAAAAGCAUUUACCUUGUAGCGACUUUAAAAUUCCAGCUGAUUUGUGAUAUUCUGUUUAGGGAACAGUAGUUAACAGAAGAACUUCUUUAUUUUGUUGAUGAUCAUAUUACGAUUUUUCCAGGUUAAAGCCUAGCAGCUGCCAAAAAGUGAGGGGAUGACACAUACGUUGUUGGCAUUGAUCAAAAAAUUCUUUUAGUUUUUCGAAAACAAAAACGCAUCCUAGAUUUUUAUUUAUGUUACCACGUGAGUUUUAAAACACUACAGGAGAAACACUUUCAGUGCUGGCACUCGGUUUGAGGCGGAGCACCCGGCCUGCAACCUCGCCACUGAAACCGACCCGUGAGUGCCUGAUGGCAGGAAUUUCUCAGCGUUUCCAUAAUUACUGCUGACCUCUGUGGUUUCACUCGAAAACACCCCCGGCAUGUAUCAUGGGUGAAUUUGCAUGACUCUUUUUACUUGCGUGCGUCACGGAAGCGUGUCUGGUAACCCAUCGGCAUUUAGGACUGGCUUUUUGUACCUGUUCACCGUUUCCACUCAGGGCAAGAUGGCAAACCUGUUUUUAUACCUCCUGGUUAUUUUAGCCCUGUGCCAUCGGUGACCGCGUCAAGGGGCAAUGGCUGCGUGCCGGGAUGGGCUCACCCUGCAGCUCUGCCUCCCCCGGCUGCAGCACCAAGAAAAGGAU